AUGCAGAGUUUGGAACUAUUCUACUCUACCGAUCAACUGGAUCUUCCGCCGUCACACAGGUGGAUUCACCUGUUUGAGCAGGUCACGCACCCCAACUACACCACGUUUGUGCUGAACAGAGAGCGGGAGUACCGCCAAGGAGACGUUCUUACUGCAGUAAUACAGGCGAGAGACGCCAGCGGAAGACCGAAGACGUACGGAGGAGACUUUUUCCGCGCGAAGGUCGUCAGUGUCCAGCCCAGAGAGGCGAGUAGCGCUGGGCACGUGACCGACCAUGGGAACGGUACCUACACGGUGCAGUUCCCGCUGUACUGGACAGGGGGCGUGAUGGUGUCGGUGCAACUUGUCCAUCCAAGCGAAGCAGUGAUGGUACUACAGCGUGGCAAUCCACCCAGGGCGCGUCCUUACUUAGAGGCAGAGCUGGAAGAAGACACCCCAAUUGCAAGACAACCUAUUCAUGUCAUGGUGCCGAGACAGUCUGCUGCUAAACGUCUUCCCGAGUGUUCUAAUAAGACCACGCCUGACGCCCCACACCAAGGGUACUGGUCCGGAAAUGUCUGGAAGUCCUCAGUUUGUAGUGUCAGGAUAUUCAAGAAGCAGGAGAUGUCGAGGUGCCUUGCCAAGAAAACGGUUUACCUUCACGGCGACUCCACCCUCCGACAGUGGUAUCUUCGGCUGGUCAGGGUUAUACCGACGCGCAGGCGUGGAAACGAUCAUGCAGGCCCGGCAACAGCUGUGAACAACCGCUGGAACAUCGCCAUCCACUACCGCUUUCACGGAUUUCCUAUACAGGUCACGACAGUGCUGAAUUUUCGGCAAAUUCGUUAUGUUGUUGACGAGCUCAACUCCAUCCGUGGCGGCCCAAACACAACCAUAGUUCUGGGUCUGUGGGCUCACUUUACGGCUGAACCUCUAGAGAUGUUCCGGGCUCGAGUCUUCGCCAUACAGAGCGCCAUACGUCGUCUUCUCCAGCGCAGUCCCGGCACGCGGGUGUUCGUGAGAACUGGAACGACGCGAGAGCACAAACAUUCCAAGUUAGAGUAUUACCUGUUAGCAAGCGACUGGUUGGCAUAUCAAGUAACCCAGGAAAUAAGGGAGAUAUUCAGGACAGAGAAGAACGUGGUUGUGUUGGACACGUGGGACAUGAGCGUGUGUCAAUGGGGACAUGAUAAUGUUCACCCGGGACCCGCCAUGGUAGACAGUCAACUCAACAUGCUACUGUCUCAUAUAUGCCCCAAGUAG